CAAUAUUCUGUCCUGCUCCUGCACCCACCAAAGCGAGCCAUUGGGACACGAAAUUAUGGCUGCUGAGCGAUCACCACCGUUUCUGGCUGCAAUCGACUUGGAGUCUUACGAGGGAGUCGAGCAGAUCCAGGAUUCCAAGGAAUUGGCCUACACUGGAGGGCUGGUCACUACUGUCACCACCUCGAACCUUGAAAAGGCAUUCACCUUGCUCAAGGACGCUGUUGGUCGUUUCCCGGUAUACCUUGUGGUGUUCGGUCUCGAGACACAACAAGACGUCGUCGACCUCCUAGACGCUGGCGCAGCGAAAGUUUUCGUUCGAAGCCAACAAGCCGCUGAGCUUAAGAAUGUCAAAGGAUUGGAUCUGAGCAGAGUAGUAUACUGUCCUACGGCAUCGGUAGGUGAAGAUACGCAAGCUGUAGACGGGACAUCCUUUGGCCUAUUACUGCAAAAUGUGGGCAGCGUCGAGAAUGUCAGCAACAUAUUGAAGGAGCUGGGCAAGAAUCGACCGCCGGUCUACGUUUCGAAGCAGCACAUCACAGAACAGGAAGCGAUAGAGCUUGGCCGCCAAGAUGCUGUCCCGAUAAUACCAGCAUCGCAAUUGAGCAUCGAUGCUGAAACCUCCCCUGACAGCAUUCACGUGGCCUCUCUCUUGCUGGCACAGGUGAAGAGCGAUCGCCCGGACGGCUUAUUCACAACGCUUGUUACGGAUGAGCGAGGCGUGGCUCUUGGUCUGGUUUACAGCAAUGAGGAGAGCGUGGCUGAGAGCUUGCGAUCAGGAAGAGGCGUAUACCACAGUCGAAAGCGGGGGCUCUGGAGGAAAGGCGAUACAAGCGGCGAUUGGCAAGAGCUGGUGCGCAUAGAUGCAGACUGCGAUCAGGAUACACUUUGCUUCGUUGUACGCCAACAAGGACACGGCUUCUGCCACCUGCAGACCGCAACGUGCUUUGGGCAGUAUCGCGGCUUGUCCAAGUUGCAAAAGACAUUGCAAAGCAGGAAACGCUCGGCGCCGGAAGGCUCGUACACAGCGAGAUUGUUCAACGAUUCGAAGAUGCUCAAUGCAAAGAUUAUGGAAGAAGCUUCCGAGCUCACGGAGGCUCAGUCUAAGGAAGAGAUCGCAUUCGAGGCGGCGGACGUACUAUACUUCACUUUGACCAAGGCCGUGGCCGCUGGAGUAAGUCUGGAAGAUAUCGAGCGGAACCUGGAUGCGAAGAGUGUAAAGGUCAAGAGGAGAAAGGGAGACGCAAAGGGACCAUAUGCGGAGAAGUUCGGUGUAACGACCAAUGGCGCUACGCCUGCCAAUGGCAAGGCCACACAGGAAGAGAUCAAAGAGGCAGAAUCACAGCCGAAGAGCAAGGACGACCCGGCCGGAUUGGACAACGAAGGCAAGAUCCGAAUGAACAGAUUGGUGACAUCGCAGUCCAAUCCUGAAGCAGUACAAGAGGCACUCAAGCGGCCGUCGCAGAGAUCUACAGAGAAGAUUAUGGGCAUUGUCAAUCCGAUCAUCAAGGACAUUCGAGCCAGAGGGGAUGCAGCUCUGCUCGAAUACACUCACAAGUUUGAGAAGGCCACCUCGUUGACUACACCUGUUCUGAAAGCGCCGUUCCCACAGGAGCUCAUGCAACUACCAACUGAGACCAUCGAAGCGAUCGAUAUCUCAUACGAGAACAUCCGCAAAUUCCAUGCCGCGCAAAAGGAAACCAAACCGCUCGAGGUCGAGACAAUGCCGGGGGUCGUCUGCUCACGUUUCGUGCGGCCUAUUGAGAACGUGGGACUUUACGUUCCUGGAGGUACCGCAGUCUUGCCCUCAACCGCACUGAUGCUUGGUGUGCCUGCGCAGGUCGCUGGUUGCAAGCGUAUCGUGUUGGCCUCUCCACCUCGUGCAGACGGCAAGCUCACGCCUGAAGUCGUGUACGCUGCACACAAGGUUGGCGCCGAGAGUAUCGUCCUGGCAGGUGGUGCUCAAGCCGUGGCAGCCAUGGCCUACGGAACAGAGAAUGUCACCAAAGUCGACAAGAUUCUAGGACCGGGCAAUCAAUUCGUCACUGCUGCUAAGAUGAUUGUUAGCAACGACACCAGUGCCAAUGUCAGCAUCGAUAUGCCUGCCGGACCCUCAGAAGUGUUGGUCAUCGCUGAUAAGACCGCCAACCCAGCCUUCGUCGCGAGCGAUUUGUUGUCGCAAGCAGAGCAUGGUGUUGAUUCACAGGUGGUGUGUAUUGCGGUCGGGUUAGACGAAUCCGAAGUGCAAGCAAUCGAGGACGAACUGCACAGGCAAGCUAUGGCCCUUCCUCGUGUCGAUAUGGUUCGUGGCGCCAUCAGCCACUCGGUCACUCUUGUCGUGGAAGAUAUUGAGGAAGCGAUGGCGUUGAGCAACCAGUAUGCUCCAGAGCACUUGAUUCUGCAAGUGCAGGACCCCUUGGCUGUUCGUGAGAUGGUGCAGAAUGCCGGAUCCGUCUUCUGUGGUGCCUGGACUCCUGAGUCCGUCGGCGACUACUCGGCAGGCGUCAAUCACUCGCUGCCCACUUAUGGAUAUGCCAAGCAGUACUCCGGAGUGAACCUGGCGAGCUAUGUGAAGCACAUUACAUCGUCAAAUUUGACUUCUGAAGGCCUCCGUAACGUUGGCAAGGCGGUGAUGCAACUUGCGAAGGUCGAAGAGCUUGAGGCGCAUCGCCGCGCAGUCGAAAUCCGCUUAGAGUAUUUGGACAAGCAUGCAGCGUGAGCCCUAUCUGAUAAAAUAUUCCUUCAGCUUUUACGGUCCUAGUCGCAAGGCUGUCGCGGGCCACUCGGAAGAGUGGAUUAUGUUUGAGCACAAUGUUCUUCCGGAUACUCUGGCUCCGUAGCGCCAAGGCUUUUAACGAUGGACAGUUCGAGUCGUACGACCCGACAUCAGCUAACAUUACGAGCCGGGGAUAUAUGCCGCAUACCAUCCUCUUGAGAUUAUGAUAGAUGAUACAAGAAAUUUGAUGAUGAUAUAGAGUACUGUACAAAAAUCGUUAGCCACGGCUGCCAUGAAAGGACUCGCGACUUCAGUUUCAGCUCGACGUUGCCGAUCACCUUAGCCAAGCUAUUGAGACCCUUCUACACUAUACCGCCCA